AUGGAGGGGCUCAUCCCGCUCGUUAACCGGCUGCAGGAUGCCUUCGCGGCGCUGGGCCAGAACUGCCUGCUCGACCUGCCGCAGAUCGCGGUGGUGGGCGGGCAGAGCGCCGGCAAGAGCUCCGUGCUGGAGAACUGCGUCUCCAGGGAUUUUCUUCCACGAGGUUCUGGAAUUGUGACAAGACGACCGUUGGUCCUGCAGCUCAUCACUGCCAAAACAGAGUAUGCUGAAUUUCUACACUGCAAAGGGAAGAAAUUCACUGAUUUUGAUGAAGUUCGUCAGGAAAUUGAAGUUGAAACAGAUAGAGUAACAGGAAUGAACAAAGGCAUUUCUUCAGUUCCUAUUAAUUUAAGAAUAUAUUCUCCACAUGUCUUAAGCCUGACCCUUAUUGACUUGCCGGGAAUCACUAAAGUGCCAGUGGGGGAUCAGCCUCCAGACAUUGAGCAGCAGAUCAGAGACAUGAUAAUGCAGUUCAUCUCCAGAGAGAACUGCCUGAUCCUGGCUGUGACUCCAGCUAACACUGACCUUGCCAACUCAGAUGCCCUGAAGCUGGCAAAGGAAGUGGACCCUCAGGGCCUCAGAACCAUCGGUGUGAUCACAAAAUUGGAUCUGAUGGAUGAAGGAACAGAUGCAAGAGAAGUUCUAGAAAACAAACUCCUCCCUCUUCGCAGAGGUUAUAUUGGUGUUGUAAACAGAAGCCAGAAGGACAUUGAUGGGAAGAAGGACAUAAAAGCAGCUCUUCUAGCAGAAAGGAAAUUCUUUCUUUCCCACCCAUCCUACAGGCACAUGGCAGAUCGGAUGGGAACACCUUAUCUCCAGAAAGUUCUAAACCAGCAACUUACCAAUCAUAUCCGGGAUACCCUGCCAGCUUUCAGAAGCAAACUCCAGAGCCAGCUGCUUUCUAUAGAACAUGAAGUAGAGGUGUACAAAAACUUCAGACCGGAAGAUCCCACCAGAAAAACAAAAGCCCUGUUGCAGAUGGUACAGCAGUUUUCAGUGGACUUUGAAAAAAGAAUUGAAGGAUCAGGAGAUCAAGUUGAUACGCUGGAACUUUCAGGAGGUGCCAAAAUCAAUCGUAUUUUCCAUGAACGCUUUCCCUUUGAACUUGUGAAGAUGGAAUUCAAUGAGAAGGAGCUGAGGAGAGAGAUAAGUUAUGCCAUCAAGAACAUACAUGGGAUCAGAACAGGUUUGUUCACUCCAGAUAUGGCGUUUGAAGCCAUUGUUAAAAAACAGAUCGUUAAGCUGAAAGGACCUUGCUUGAAAAGUGUGGAUCUGGUGAUGCAAGAGUUAAUCAACACUGUCAAGAAGUGCACUAAAAAGUUGGCAACAUAUCCAAGGUUGUGUGAGGAAACAGAAAGAAUUGUUGCUGGCUACAUUCGUGAAAGAGAAGAGAAGACCAAGGACCAGAUGCUGCUGCUCAUUGAUAUCCAGGUUUCUUAUAUCAACACCAACCAUGAAGACUUCAUUGGCUUUGCAAAUGCCCAACAAAGAAGCAGUCAGGUUAACAAAAGUGCAGUGGGAAAUCAGUUUCUUUUUAAGCCACAGGUCAUCCGGAAAGGCUGGCUCACCAUCAACAACAUUGGCAUCAUGAAAGGAGGAUCCAAGGAAUACUGGUUUGUCCUGACUGCAGAGAGCUUGUCCUGGUAUAAAGAUGAUGAGGAAAAAGAGAAGAAGUACAUGCUGCCUUUGGACAACUUGAAAGUGCGAGAUGUGGAAAAGAGCUUCAUGUCCAGCAAACACAUCUUUGCAUUGUUUAACACAGAGCAGAGGAAUGUUUACAAGGAUUACCGUUUCCUUGAGCUAGCCUGUGACUCCCAAGAGGAGGUGGAUAGCUGGAAGGCAUCUCUGCUACGAGCCGGUGUCUAUCCUGAUAAAUCCUCAGGGAGCAACAAAACUGAAACUGAAGAGAAUGGCCAAGCAGAUAAUUUUUCAAUGGACCCCCAGCUGGAAAGACAGGUGGAGACAAUUCGAAAUCUUGUGGACUCCUACAUGUCCAUUAUUAACAAAUGUAUCCGAGAUCUGAUCCCGAAAACAAUCAUGCACCUCAUGAUCAAUAAUGUAAAAGAAUUUAUCAACGCAGAGCUGCUGGCUCACCUGUAUUCUUCUGAGGACCAGAACACUCUGAUGGAGGAGUCGGCGGAGCAGGCGCAGCGGCGGGACGAGACCCUGCGCAUGUACCAGGCGCUGCAGGAGGCGCUGGCCAUCAUCGGGGACAUCAGCACCAGCACCGUGUCCACCCCUGCUCCCCCACCUGUGGAUGACUCCUGGCUCCAGCAGGCACGCAGAUCACCUCCUCCAAGUCCUUCAACUCCGAGGAGACCUACCCUGAACAAUCCCCCCACGAGACCUUUAUCUGGCCGAGGCCCCGCUCCUGCCAUCCCCUCUCCGGGCCCGCAGUCGGGGGCGCCCCCGGUGCCGUUCCGCCCGGGAGCUCUGCCUCCAUUCCCCAGUGCUGAAGGCCAUGGAGGACCCCCCCAGGUUCCCUCUCGGCCCAGCCGGGCUCCUCCCAGCGUGCCAAGUCGAAGACCGCCCCCUUCACCUACUCGGCCCACUGUAAUCCGUCCGUUAGACUCCUCCCUGUUAGACUAAAAGGAGUUUCUGGCAUGUCACUCGUUGUUAACCAAAUAUGUGGAAACAAAUUGCUUGGUAACUGUCACAAUAACCAGUGUAUAGUCGCAUGUAUGGACAUCUCUAGGCAAGUAACCGAUUUUACUGAUAUUCUCUGUCCAUUCUGCAUUGUUUAUGAGGUCUUCAAUGUUUGGGGAAGGUCUGUGCUGCCUUGACUUUUCCUUCUGCAAUAACUGAUGUUAGCUAACUUACUGACACAUAUCUCCACCCAGACAACUGUGCUCACAGUCCUCUACAGCAGCUGGAGGGCUUGACUCUGUGUGUCUUUGUGCAUGUGUUGAUUUGAUCUGCUGCUUUGUGUUCCCUCUUACCUGAAUCUUGCUUUUAUUUGUACCUUCUAGGUUUUCUAUUUUCUCUUGUAACGGCUAAACUGGGCAAAGAAAAGCCAUGUGGUUUCUUACCAAGCUCUUCUGAAGGCCCCACACUUCCAGGUCUCUCUUGUAAGAGGCUUGCUUCUCCUAUAAACUGUCCUUAUCUGAAAUUGAGGUUAAUGGAGUGUUUUUAAACAAGCAGGGUGUGCAUGGGACAAGGCAUGUUUUGCUGUAUUCCCAUGCUGGCAGCUGCCAUGCCAGGUUGGUUGGGUUGGUGAGGAGCAGGCUGGGGUGCCCCAGCUCACAGGGAGCUGUCCCACCCCCCAGCCAGGAGGGGACAGGGUGGUUUGGAGGGCUGGGCUGUGACACAGCAGCUCCCUCUGUCCCUGCUCCCACUCCUGCUCCCACUGCGCUCCUGGGAAGCGCUGCAGGGCAGUGAGUGCAUGGAGAUGUGCUGUGUGCAGGACCCAGGGAACUGAGCACUGCUUUUGGUCCCUUUGGGACCCAGAAGGACACAGAGACACAGACACAUGCACAGCUGGGCUGGGUCCCCCUCCUGUGCCCACCGUGGGAGCUCCAGCCUGGGCUGGCAGCUGAGCUUCCCAAGGGGUUUGGAUGUGAGAUAUUUGUGAUAUUUUCACAUGCCAGUCAAUAAAGUUUCCCUGUGUCCCCUGUGUAAAGAUUUUUUUUUGCAUUACAUGGUCUUUGCACACACCUUGGUUUACUGUUGCUUUAUCCAGCUAAGUUCUGGGAAAUGCUCAGCUGUGCAUCCUGGAUUAUUUUAGCAGCUGCUGACUUGCAGAGGUGCUCUCUGCCUCUUGUUUUGCACGUUAUAAAUUAAUGCAUUAUAAAAACCUUUUGUCUUAACUGCAUUACUUCACUUUAAACACUUAGGGUCAGUGUCACCCUUAAAGCUUAGAACUUACUGAGUUAACAGAAUGAAACUAGAGAGGAAUUUGGCCUUGUUCCUUUAGAAAAUAUGAAUUGCUGCUAUUAAAAUUAUACAGGUUACAGAUCCCUUGGCAAAGCAAUUGGUGGUUUCAAAGGCCCCCAGUACAAUCAGUCUAAUAAAUGUAUUUAUUGAGACUGCUUGUAGGGCUCCAGUAUGCUGUAGCCCCAUGGUUAGGAAGAAUCCAAUCAAAGAGGCACAGCAAAUGGGGGUUUAGCCUGUUAGUUCCCAGGCUGCUGAUUAGCUGUGCUCACCAGUGCAGCAAAUCAUGGCUCAGCCUGCAGAAGAGAGACGAGCUUGGGACAGCAUCAUGAUGUGUGUGUUAGCUUAACUUCCAUUUCCUGUCAGCCCCACACUUGUGCCACACUCCUGGGGAGUCUGGAGGUCACACGUGGGGCACGCUGGAGAUGGAGUUUGUCAGAGCCCUGGCAUCCUGGUGAUCUCAGCAGGCUGCUGCUGUUUGUUUGGGGAACAGGCCCACAGCUCCAGUGCCAAGUGCACAGAAUCAGCUUUCAAGGAAAAGAAAAGGUUGAAAACACAACCACCCACAGUCAUACUAAUUUUUACUACAAAAAAACCCAUAUUUUGAUGAUUCUUCUUGUCUUCUGCACAGGCUUUCCACUGCUUAAUGCUCUCUGCUGUAAGCUGUGCUGCAUCUGUUGGAUACAUUUUUGUAAAUAGCCACAGUAGCCCAUGUUGUUGCCUUGCCAGCACUCCUGUAUUUCCAAACAGGUUAACAGAA